AUGAGUGGAUCAUCAACAAAUGGAAGCAACAACAAUGGAGGAGGAGGAGGAGGUGGAGGGCCUUGUGGUGCCUGCAAGUUUCUGAGGAGAAAAUGCAUAAAAGGGUGCAUAUUUGCUCCCUACUUCGACUCAGAGCAAGGCACGGCUCACUUUGCUGCGGUGCACAAAGUGUUUGGUGCAAGCAAUGCCUCCAAGCUUCUCCUCCGCAUACCACCCCACAAGAGGCUCGAUGCUGUCGUCACCCUCUGCUAUGAGGCUCUUGCUAGGGUUAGAGACCCUGUCUAUGGCUGCGUUUCUCACAUUUUCACCCUCCAACAGCAGGUAGUGAAUUUGCAGGCAGAGUUAGCCUAUGUCCAGGCCCGCCUUGCAACCUUGCAGCGCGCUCCGCCUCCACCUCCGCUGCCUCAACUCGAAUGCCCUCCUCCACCCAGAAGCCUUCAUUAUUCCUCGUCCCAUAUCAAUGUGACAUCACCACCAUGCUCAGAGUUUGUGCCAACUUCCAACUUGACGCAUUUUGAUCCUCUACAAACAGUGCCACACACAGCAGAAAUGACAAGCCUUUUCAACUCAUUGGAUCAAGAACUUAUUGAUGGGGAAGAUCUUCAGGCAUUGGCGCGAGAGUUCGUGUGCCGAUACUUGCCAGGAGUGAGGUUGAACAAGCCUUCGACUUCUCAUCAAAACUUCUAA